GUUUUAUUGUAUGUCAGCUCAAAUUGCACAUCUUGCUGAGUAGAUAUCUCUACAGGGUGGGAUUUGGUUUUAGCCAAUAGAAUUGUAAUUUAGUUUGUGUGAAUUGGACAUGCAGCCUUUAAAAAGCUACAACAAUAGCCAUACUACAUGGACUUUUCUUGAGUUUCCAAGUCAACCCAAGACUCAACUUCACAUCACAAUGACUCUGACUUCAAGUGAAGGCACUCUCAUCCAGGCCCUUUGGGCCAAGAUUGCUCCUCAAGCCAACACUCUGGGUGCUGAGGCUUUGGAAAGACUGUUUCUGAGCUUCCCUCAGACCAAGACCUACUUUCCCCACUUUGACUUGUCUCAUGGAUCUGCUGACCUCCUCAACCAAGGGGGAAAGAUCUUAAAUGCUCUUGGAAAUGCUGCCGGUCAUCUGGGUGACCUUAAUAACAACCUGUCCACCCUUAGCGACCUCCACGCCUACAACUUGAGAGUGGACCCUGGAAACUUUGAGCUGCUGUCUCACACCAUACAGGUUGUCCUGGCCGUUCACUUUCCUGAUGAUUUCACCGCCGAAGCACAGUCUGCUUGGGACAAAUUCCUUUCUGAAGUCUCUACUGUUCUGACCUCCAAGUACAGAUAAAGAAAUGCUUUUGGGCGAGAAGACUACAUCAGUACCUGCAGCACACCAUGGUGUGGGAAGUUCAGAGGAAACUACGCACAUAAGUUUGUUAUCACAUCCAUAGCCAGUCAAAGAACAUGAUUCAGCUGUAAUAUAAUUUUGUAGCUUGUGUUUUCGCACCAGUCUUUGGCUGACUUCUACUUGUGUCCACCACUUGUCCAUCACAAUA